AUGACUGAAAAUUUAUCUAGUACUGAGGAUCUUGAAAUAAAUAAAAGAAAAUAUAGAAAAUUAAAUGAAAAGGGAUUAACUAAGGGUGGCUUAACAAUAUCUUUAAUAUUAUAUCAGGGAAUCCGAAGUAAAGAUAAACAACUUAUAGAAGAUGCAUUAACAUUAAAUAAUAAGGUAAUAAUAGAUGAAUCUAUUAAGGACUUAGAUAUUACAGAAUGUUGUGAUUUAUUUAAUGAGAUCAUUCAAAAGAUACAAAGCAAUCCAAUGAGAUUAUUGCAGAUAUCAAAUUGGUUUGUUUCAAUUCUAGAGAAAAUUGCAAAAUUAACAAAUAUAAAUAGUAAAUAUAAUGAAAAAAUCAUAGAAUAUAUGAGUAAACUUCAUGAAAUUAUAACUUCACGUUUAAGUUGUAAUAAUGAUUUAAUAAAUCUUCAAUCAAUAUUAGAUCUAUUUCUAAAUAUUACUGAAGAAAAUAAGAUUAUGAAUAAUCUAUGCGAAACAAUUUCAACAGAGGCCAAUUCAGCUUUAAUAACACAUCAAAUUGGUAAUAUAAUGGAUGAUUUAGUUUCUGAACAAAGCUUAGUAAAUUCUACAGAUGAGGAUAUAUCUGAUGAUGCUUAUAAUUUAUCAGAAAAUGAUAAUGUAAGUGAAAUAUCAUCUAAAAGUGAAGAUAGUAUAGAUGAAUAA